GAUACUUUUAAUUACGCGUUGUGUGUGAAUGCGACGUGGGUUGUUACAGACUAUUGUCUGCGUAAAGUAAGGAUCCGCUCAAACAGAGAUGUAGUCUCCACUCUGUCAGCAGACUUUGAACUCCCAUCAUGCUGCUUUUGCUGCUGCUGGUCUUUCAGAACCAAGCCGAUGGCCAGGUAGACCCAGCACUGUGUCGCUAUCCUCUGGGGAUGGAGGAUGGGAGGAUUAAAAAUGCUGACAUCACUGCUUCCAGCCAAUGGUAUGACACCACUGGGCCGCGGUAUGCCAGGCUGAAUAAAGAUGAUGGAGACGGGGCCUGGUGCCCGGCUGGUCUACUCCAGCCCUCUGACGUCCAGUACCUGCAGCUGGAUCUCGGCCGUCUCACCUUUCUCACGGUGGUUGCUACGCAGGGUCGCUACGCGCGCAGUUCAGGCAACGAAUUCGCUCGGAUGUAUCGCCUUGACUACAGUCGCGACGGACACCUCUGGAUCUCCUGGAAAAAUCGUCUCGGCAACAAGGUCAUCUCUGCCAACGUGAACACGUACGCGUCCGUGGUGAGAGACCUGCACCCGCCCAUCAUUACCCGUUACCUCCGCAUCGUCCCCGUCACCUACGUGCCCACCACCGUCUGCAUGAGGGUGGAGGUGUUUGGCUGUACCUGGCAAGAUGGUUUGACUGCUUACAGUUCUCCUGAAGGACAUAUCAUGCUGGCACCAGGUUAUCCAAUUGCAAAUCUCAACGACUCCACCUAUGACGGGUCUCUCGAGAGACGGAAGUUGUCUGGUGGUUUGGGUCAGCUGACAGACGGGGUGAUCGGACAGGACGACUUCCUGCAAACCCGCCAGUACCAGCUAUGGCCCGGAUACGAUUAUGUGGGCUGGAAGAACCAGAGUUUGGGCCCUGGGUUUGUGGAGAUGGAGUUUGUUUUUGACAGACAGAGGAACUUCACAUCAAUGAAGGUUCAUAGCAACAACAUGUUCUCCCGGGGGGUGAAGAUCUUCUCGUCUGUGUGGUGUGUGUUUAAGCCGCGUCUCAUUGCCGAGUGGGAACCGGACGCUGUGGAGUUUCACACUGUUUUGGACGACAGGAACCCCAGCGCUCGCUACGUCACUGUUCCUCUGGAACGCCGCACGGCUAAAGCCCUGCGCUGCCGAUUCUUCUUCGCCGACACCUGGAUGAUGUUCAGCGAGAUCUCCUUCCAGUCCGACAGUAUAAUCCCCACUCCCUUGAGUCCAGUGGUGAACUCAACCUUGGCUGAAAUGGACACCUCCAGCCCGACCACUCUUAAGAUCACUGAAGUCGUGACCACUCCAGCAAAAUCGGACCCAGCUGAAGAAGGGAGCAGCUCGAUUCUGAUUGGCUGUCUGGUUACAAUCAUCCUCUUAUUGGUCAUUACCAUUUUUCUCAUUCUGUGGUGCCAGUACGUGUGUAAAGUUUUGGAGAAGGCUCCAAGACGUAUUUUGGAAGAAGAGGUGACCGUACGUCUGUCUUCCAGUAGUGACACCAUCAUUCUCCAGACCCCCCCAGUGCCCCCCCGGGUCUCCAUAGAUCCUCCUUACGAGAGGAUUUUUCUGUUGGACCCUCAGUAUCAGGAUCCAGCUGCACUGAGGAACAAACUACCAGAGCUUCCCCAGAGUGCAGAGGCCUCAGGGUGUGGGGGCGGCUACGCGGAGCCGGACGUGACCCUUUGUACCCCCCAUCACCCGUCUUUUCAGAGCAGUGUUCCGCAUUACGCCGAAACCGACAUCGUCAGCCUACAGGGUGUUACCGGGAGCAACAUGUAUGCCGUUCCCGCGCUCACCGUCGAUUCGCUCACGCGUAAAGACAUCUCUGUGGCCGAGUUCCCACGGGAACGCCUCGUCUUCCGAGAGAAACUGGGGGAGGGACAGUUUGGAGAGGUUCAUCUGUGUGAGGCAGAGGGUUUGCCCGAAUUUCUGGGUGAGGGGUCUCCUCUACCUGAGCGUGACGGGAGGCCGGUCUUGGUGGCAGUGAAACAGCUACGGCCAGAUGCCACCAGCCAAGCCAGGAACGACUUUCUGAAGGAGAUCAAGAUCAUGUCUCGUCUUAACGAUCCCAACAUAAUUCAGCUGUUGUGUGUGUGUGUGAGGUCUGAUCCGCUGUGUAUGGUGACAGAGUACAUGGAGAACGGAGAUUUGAACAUGUUUCUGUCCCAGAGGGAGAUAGAGAGCACCCUCACUCACGCCAACAACAUCCCCUCAGUCAGUCUGUCAGAUCUGUUGCACAUGUCUGUGCAGAUCUCAUCGGGAAUGCGAUAUCUGGCCUCCUUAAACUUUGUGCAUCGGGAUCUGGCCACCCGGAAUUGCCUCCUGGACCGCAGACUGACCAUAAAGAUCGCUGACUUCGGCAUGAGCCGGAACCUGUACAGCAGCGACUACUACCGCAUCCAAGGCCGGGCUGUCCUGCCUAUUCGCUGGAUGGCAUGGGAGAGCAUUCUACUGGGUAAGUUUACCACUGGUAGUGAUGUGUGGGCGUUCGGAGUGACUCUGUGGGAGAUUUUUACUCUGUGUAAGGAGCAGCCGUACAGCCUGCUGUCUGACGAACAGGUUAUCGAAAACACUGGGGAAUUCUUCAGAAACCUGGGACGACAGAUCUAUCUCUCAGCUCCCCCGCUCUGUCCACCCUCUCUGUAUGAACUGAUGAUGUGUUGCUGGAGUCGUGACAUCAGCGACCGUCCCUCAUUCAACUGCCUGCACCAGGCCCUGCGACUUCACACCACCCUGUGAACUCUGACCUUUCACCCCUGGAGAGCUGGUGAUGGGUUUUGGGGAUCAAGUUGAGGUCACAUAUCUCUCUCUCUCUCUCUCUCUCUCACUCUCUCUCUCACCAUCCUAGGAAAGAGAGGGAGAGAGGAACUGAACAGAGCCACGAUGUAGCUUCCACAGCACAGGACAGAAAGAGACGCACCACAGAGGAGCAUUGUCGACUUUUGACUUUAAUUGUCGACUUUUGAUUUUAACCAAACAGUGACUUCGAUUUCUUCGGCUACUU